AAAAAAAUAAAGUUGUUGAUAAUACAAAUAAUGAAUAGUCUAAAUAUCAAUAUAUCUAAAGUAUGCCGAACAUGUUUAGAGCAAAAGGAUGAGCUAAUUUCCUUGUAUUCUGUUGAUAAUAUCACAGGAAUACAGCUUUGUGAAAUGAUAUUGCAGAUAACAUCACAAGUUCAAGUUUUUACUAAGGAAAAUGCACCAUCAUCAAUAUGCUCAGAGUGUCAUUACAAACUUAAUAUCACAUUUCAAUUUAUUGAGCAAUGUAAACAUUCAGAAAUUAAAUUACAAGAGUUUUUGCGUAGCUGUCCUCAAGAAAAUGAUGUAAAUGUAAAUGACAGAGAAAUAGAGGCAGCUGUACAGGAACUCUUUGGAAAUGAAGAGAGCGAACAAGACAUAAAUCUUGUUGAAAAUGUUGUUCUACCAUCGGAUUUAGAUUCGAAUUUAAAAUCAACUGAUCUUUUGAAUAUGGAUAUGAUCCUUGGUGAAAAGACUAUAAAAAAAUGCAAAAAAUUUCCAAAGAGUAGGACAGACAAGAAAAAUUCACAUCUUGAUCAAUUGCUCAAAACUCAUAAAGAAAGAAUGAAAUUGGAAAAUUCUUCCAAACUACAAAUUUUUAAACAAAAAAGAAAGAAGAAAAUUACUGCACUAUCUGAGCCUGAGCAAUGCUUUCAGUGUGGAAAAGUUUUUCAUUACAAGGGAUAUAUGGAACUUCACUUAAGGACACACUCUGGAUAUAAACAAUUCGAAUGUGGUGUUUGUGCAAAAAAAUUUACUCAAUUAUCAAAUCUCAAUCUUCAUUUAAGAAUUCAUUCUAAAGAGCGUAAUUUUUGUUGCGAUAAAUGUCCAAAAAUGUUUUCAACAUCAUCUAAUUUGAAGGCACAUUUAAGAACACACAUUAGUAUCAAAUCAUUUCCAUGUCCCCAAUGUACAAAAGCUUUUAAAUCAUCAACUGAGCUUAAAUCUCACGAAGGAACACAUUCUCAAAUUAAAAGCAAAAUUUGCAAAUUUUGUGGUAAAUCGUUUUACAAAACAUCGUAUUUAAAUGUUCAUAUUAAAAACAUCCAUUAUGGACUGAAAAAAUAUCAUUGUGAUAGCUGUAAUAAGUCAUUUUCCAAUAGUAGCAAUCUUAUAGCUCAUAAAAGAAUUCAUACCGGAGAUAAACCUUAUCAGUGCAAUAUUGAUGGCUGUAGUGCUAAAUUUAAUCAAAGCUCAUCUUUGGUUAGACAUAUUAAAUCACACAAUAAAAUGGGAAAAAGUAAAGGUGGAGCUAUUCAACAAAAACACCAAGUUCAAAACCCAAAACAAAAAAGUCAAGAUAAGGAAAUUUUAACACAAGAAAUUAUUCAGCAAAAUCUUCAAACUAUUCAACACUUAGAUAAUAUUGGAAGUCCUAAUCAACAGAUUAUUCAUCAACCAUCAUCUUUUCAUUUCUCUAAACAAUUAAAAAAGACUCCGUACAUAAUUCCAGAACUAUUAAAAGACAUUAAGUUAUCAGAAAAUUCGACUCAUAUAAAUGAAUCUAUGAAUAGUAUUCGAUCGAAAAAUUUGCCUUACUGUCAGCAAACCCAGCUAAAUCAAAACAACCAUGACAAUCAACAUAGUUACAUACCACCCUCUCAAAAUUUACUACCGGAAAUUUUGAACCCAAUUAAUCUAAUUAGCAACUCUUCGACUUCCAGUUACAAUCCAAUAUCUACACAUUCAACACCAUCAUUACUUCUUCCUCCUUUACCUCCAAAUCAUGAUCAACAAAUAAAUGAUCACCAAAUUCAUCACUAUCCAAGUUUCGAAAAUUCUUCUACAACAACUUACUUUCCUACUACACCAAAUAUUUUACCCAACAGUUUCAAUUUCAUUAUGAGUGGUUUAGAUUUUUCAAAAAACUCAUUAAAUGGAGAGCCAACGUACAUUGAUUAUUAAUGCUUGAAUAAAAAUUAGAAUUAAGAUAAAUGAAACUUUUUUUACAUUUUAAAAUUACAAAUGCAAUUUAUUUAUUUGUAUGUUUUUAUUGAUUUAUUUACUUUUCAAUUACUUACUUUAAAUUACAUUAAUUUAUCGGAAAGAUUUGUACACAUUAUUAAGAUCGUAUAUCAAGAGACUAUGAGGAAAAUUCUAUCCAAAUUU